UCUGUUGACACCAAUUAGCAUCAACAGACUGUGUUGCAACAGCUGUUGCGAAAAAUCAAUUUUGCAAAUCCGUCUGUGUCUGUGCACAUAUUUUAUUUAAACUAUAAGAAAAAUGUCCUCCAAUGCCGACUGUUUUAUUGUGCUACCCGGUAACUGUGCGUCUGGCUCUCUAAUUUUCGGUCGCAAUGCCGAGGACGCAGCAGCCGUAGGCGGUUUAGGCGUGUCAACGGAAGUCUGCUACUAUGAUGUCAGCGACGUUCUGGAGGGGAAGACUGAUGGCGGCGCUGCUUUAGAGCCGUCGGGCGAUGCUCUGCGUGUUAUAUUGCAAAAACCGAAGCCGGCCCUUUGGGGCGGCGACUUUGGGGCCAACGAACGAGGCGUGGUCGUGAGCUUGACAUGGAGCGAUGGGGAGCAGCAGGCGGCAGACAGCGACAGCUUGCUGGGCACGGACAUUGUGCGCAUAACGCUGGCCGAGUCCAACAAUGUGGAGGCGGCCGUUGACCGCAUUGGGGCUUUGGUAGCCAAGCACAGCAACGACAGCGCCAAGCUGAACUUUAUAGUGUGUGAUCCGACGGCUGCCUGGAUAUUGAGCAGCGCCGGCAAAGUCUGGGCCGCCGAGAAACUGCAAGCCAGCUGGCUGCGUGUGCCCAGCGGUGGACUAACCGUAACCACAACCAUUGACAAGUCCAGUGAUGGCUUGGAUCUGGCCGCUAACUUUGCAGCUGCCCAUGAUGCGGAGGCGCAGGCGCCUGAAGCUGAUUGGUGCGGUCCGAAACCCGACGCCGAUGGCAGUUACACGCAGCAAGAUAUGUUCGAAACGCUGCGCGUGGCGAGCGGUACUGGGUCACGUGCGGCAAACGUUUCAAUGCUCAGCAGCAAGGGCAGCUCAAUUUCGUGCCACUGGUUUACUGGCACGCCAAAUGCCGCCGAGUCUGUGUUCAAGCCGUUUGUAUUUGCGCCCAAGCCGCGUAUUUCGCCCCUGACCCAGGUGCAGGCUGACGCCGAGCAGACGCUGCUGCACAGUCUGCAUGCCAAUCGUAAACCGGCUGCACUGGAGCACUUACGGAGCUUGGAACGCUCCUGUGUCGAUGAAUUGAACAACUACUUUUCGCUCCAGGACCAUGCCAGCGAUGAGCUGGACGAGCUGCUCAAGGAUUGCGUUGAGGCCGAGGUCAAGUUCUAUCGCUAGAACAACCAGUUGGGCGCAUCGCACCACGUUAUUAUGAUAUAUUGAUAUUCAACUAGCUUGCGACCAGGACGAUGCUCCAAUUCGAUUUGACUUGUGCAUUCCACAUUAACAUAUAAGUACAUCAUAAAAUUGAUAGGAUACUCAAAAGAUUAGCUCACUGCGAACUAUUUAAGAAUUUGUCUCGUUUAUUUUAUAAUUUUCUAUGUUAGUUUUGUGCAAUUAUUUUUUUUUUUUUAAUGCUUUUGCGUGAUAUUUAAUUAUUUUUAUAGAAUUCAUUGUCUCCUAUGUGCAAUCAUGAUCUUCAUUUCUAAGUAUUAUGCGUCCUUUUUUAUUAAAAAUUACAUUUAAUUGCAGUUUGCAUUUUGCAGCUAAUUAACGAUUUAAAUACUUGCAUACAAAUAUAUACAUAUUAAAUAUACAUACAUACAUAAUAUAGCUCUCAAAUAAACGCAUAAAAAGCUGCAUUUAUACAAA